AUGUUGUUCAACAUGACCAGGUGGCGGCGGUACAAGGCAGGGGAAGUCAUUUUCGACACUGAGGCUGGGGGUUCAGGCUUGGCUACGGCGCUGCAUCUCAUGGUGGAGGGAGUGGCUGUGCUGACAGCUAAGAGGGAUGGAAACUCGGCCACCAGCUUUCUGUACAGCGGCUACAUAUUCAAUCUGGCGGUCUGCAAUGUGUUUGGGGUCUACAUCGGCCUCGAGCGAGCCCCCAUAGAGCAAGUGUAUGCUUCUAGCGGCCAGCCAGAGGUCCCUGGUUAUACUGAGGGUGCCAGGUCCAGGGAUCUGGUCGAGGCCUUGACAGAGGAGGAGUUGCCGCCCUUUAGCAUACGGGCUUGGCUCAAAUGGUGA